AUCUCGCCUCUCCCUGAAAAUGCAGUAAACGCCUGAGUCUAACCACAAUCACGCGCUGAAAUUUCAAUUUGGAACAUUUGUCCAGGCUGUGUGCAACUAAUGAUCUAAUAGAUUAUGCCCCAUCACAUCACAAGUGCGCGUGGAGAUUAUUCUCCAGUAAUUUUUCUUGCGUGAAUACUAAGUAGUAGUUUGAUCCCAUGAUAAUAUAUAUGAUACUUAUCAGACUAUCAGUUGAACAUAAAGAUCCUGUUGCUUAUACAAUGACACUUAGUGUUGACGUGAUCUGAAGGAUCUGAAGUCCACAAAGGCUUUUUUCUUAGUUUUGCUUUGCACGAUAGGGAAUCCGUGCUGUCCUGUAUUUGUAUGAAUAGAAAUUUAAUUUGACUUUGGUUAGAUGAGUCUGAAACCACACGCCAACGUCAUCUGCAUUAGCUUUUUUUUAGAUUAGAGUUGAAUGGGAGUGCAUCUCAUAAUGCCGGCAUAUAAUCUAGGGAAGCAGAAAACACUUGCAGUCAGAAAACUCUUGUAUUAUUUCUUUUUUCUGUGUGCAAAAUCAAACAAUAACGAUCAUCAUUAUGUAAGCAUAUCAUCAAUAUAUCCUGAUGACUCACCCUUUUGACUAUCAGAUGGUUAUUUCCUGGAACAAUUUUUUUCCUUACUUCUUUUGUAAGACUCUUAAAAAUCACAUCUGAACUGGAGACGGUGUGUACUAAUGGAUGAUGGGAACCUUGUCCCCUGCCUUAGCUUUCUAAAUUAAUGCUGUUUUGUUCUCACCUGUGUGUUAUGUUUAUAGGCCACGUGUGCUAAUUUGUUAGAGUUGGGUGAUUACCUGCCUUAGUAGGUUUGGUGAAAUCUUUCAAAGUAGUUGCAAGUUCCAAUUUUUCUUUUCAAUGAAUAGGUGAAAGGAAACAAAGCAGGAAUGUUCUGCAGUUAGUUUCAUUGGUCACGACGAUUAUAACCAAUCUCAAACCAGGACCUAGUCUUAGGCUCUUAGCUGAUUAUUGCAUGUCUUCCUUGCAAGAGUAGCAAAAAGUACCACUCUUUUGGUUAUUCCAUACUUUAAGAGGGGGAAAACUCAGUUGUCCUGCAGGCUGCAACUAAUUUGCCUGGUUCAUGAGAGAGUGCAAAUAACAAAUUAUUGUAGUUUAUUAUAUGUCAAAAUGACUUAAUUAGGUUGCUUCUGUUGAUAGCUACUUCUAUGAAGGACAUGCAAUUACUUUGAAAGUGGAAAUCUAGGUGAGCAGUUGAGAAGGACCUGAGCAAAACAUCAUUGUCUUUGGCUUGCCGUCCUAACUCUCUGAAUGGCAGCAGUUUCACAUCUCCUAAAAGCUACACUAGGAAUGAGCAACUUGGAACAAGUAACCUAGCUUUAGUUGAAUUCCUCAUAUUAUUUUUCACAUUGUGUUCAUAUAUCCCCCUAGGGGUCGCACAAAGCCCUCAAACACAUAGUUGAAUAGCAAGCAACUAUGUGGGGCAGUAGCAGGAGGCAUGGCCUCUUUGGCAUCAGCAAUUGCAGAUACCUGCUCAUAACCAGUUGUCUCCUCCAUGUUGUUCAGGUCCUUCAUAUUUGCAAAUCUCAGUCCACUGAUGAGCAAGCACUGCUUGCAUUCAAGGCCGGCAUCUCUGGUGACCCAGGCAUGGUGCUUACUGCAUGGACGCCUACCAACGGCAGCAUGAAUGCCACGGACAACAUCUGCCGGUGGACAGGUGUCUCAUGCAGCUCCCGACGGCACCCUAGUCGUGUCACUGCUCUGGAGCUCAUGUCAUCCAACCUGACAGGUGUGAUCAGCCCCAGCCUGUCCAACAUCUCCUUCCUCCACACAAUCAACCUCUCUAGCAAUCGCCUCUCUGGCAGCAUCCCCUCGGAGCUUGGCAUUCUACGGCGCCUCCAAGUCAUCAGCCUAGGAGGAAAUUCGCUCACUGGUGAGAUACCCACAUCUCUCUCUAAUUGUGCUCGUCUCACGCAUUUGGAGUUGCAACAGAAUGGGUUUCAUGGUGACAUCCCAGUGAACCUGAGCAACUGCAAGGAGCUAAGGGUUUUCAAUAUCAGUGUGAAUACCCUGUCCGGUGGCAUUCCUCCAUCAUUUGGGUCGCUGUCGAAACUCGAGUUCUUGGGGCUUCAUCGGAGCAACCUCACUGGCGGCAUUCCCCCAUCACUGGGUAACCUCUCAUCACUCCUGGCAUUUGAUGCCAGUGAGAAUUCUAAUCUGGGUGGUAACAUACGAGACGUGCUAGGGAGACUAACCAAGCUGAAUUUUCUCAGGCUAGCUUCUGCUGGCCUUGGUGGCAAAAUCCCAGUCUCAUUGUUUAACAUAUCAUCCCUUAGGGUACUUGACUUGGGAAACAAUGAUCUAUCUGGUGUGCUACCCGCUGAUAUUGGUUUCACGCUACCAAGAAUUCAAUUCCUUUCUUUGUACAACUGUGGGCUCAAAGGGCGCAUCCCCAUGUCAAUAGGCAACAUGACAGGACUCCGUCUGAUCCAGCUUCACAUCAACAGUCUACAGGGGAGUGCUCCACCUAUUGGCAGGCUGAAGGAUCUUGAGGUGUUGAACCUGCAGAAUAACCAGCUUGAGGAUAAAUGGGACAGGGACUGGCCUCUGAUACAAUCACUAGGGAAUUGCAGUAGGCUAUUUGCACUGAGCCUUUCCAAUAAUAGGUUUCAAGGCGUGCUUCCCCCUUCUCUUGUCAACCUUACCAUUGAGAUACAACAAAUCUUAAUGAAUGGAAACAAGAUAAGUGGUUCAAUACCCACAGAGAUUGGUAAAUUCAGCAACCUUCGUGUUAUUGCGCUCGCGGAUAAUGCCUUGACUGGCACCAUUCCAGACACCAUUGGUGGUCUUCACAACAUGACUGGGCUAGAUGUCUCUGGCAACAAGUUAUCUGGUGAGAUCCCACCUAUGCUUGUUGCAAACCUAACCCAGCUUGCUUUCCUGGAUCUGUCAGAGAACGAAUUGCAAGGAAGCAUACCUGAGAGCUUUGAGAAUAUGAGAAAUAUUGCAAUCCUGGACUUGUCUUACAAUAUGUUCAGUGGCUUGAUACCAAAGCAACUUGUCAGUCUCUCUUCUCUAACCCUGUUCCUCAACCUGUCUCACAACAUCUUCUCAGGUCCAAUACCUUCAGAAGUAGGUCGACUGAGCAGCCUUGGGGUUCUGGACUUGUCAAACAACAGGCUCUCAGGAGAGGUACCACAGGCGCUCUCGCAGUGCGAAGCAAUGGAGUACUUAUUUCUGCAGGGAAACCAGCUCGUUGGCAGGAUUCCCCAAUCUCUCAGCUCAAUGAAAGGGCUUCAAUACUUGGACAUGUCACAGAAUAACCUGUCUGGUUCAAUUCCAGAUUACUUAUCAACGUUGCAGUACUUGCGUUACCUGAACCUAUCCUACAACCAGUUUGAUGGACCAGUGCCGACAAGAGGAGUGUUCAAUGAUUCAAGGAACUUCUUUGUUGCUGGGAACAAAGUUUGUGGUGGUGUUUCAAAGUUGCAGCUGUCAAAAUGUUCUGGUGAUACUGAUAACUCUGGUAAUAGGUUACACAAAUCAAGAACUGUAAUGAUCGUGUCUAUUACCAUAGGAUCUAUCUUGGCCCUAAUCCUUGUCACGUGCACUUUUGUUAUGUAUGCUCGAAAAUGGCUGAAUCAGCAGCUUGUGCAGAGUAAUGAGACAUCUCCUGCUCCAAAGUUGAUGGACCAGCACUGGAAAUUAACCUAUGCUGAACUGAAUAGGGCUACUGAUGGGUUCUCUACAGCUAAUCUGAUUGGUGUUGGAAGCUUUGGCUCAGUGUACAGAGGAACACUAGGCAAUGAGGAGCAGGAAGUCGCAGUAAAAGUACUGAACCUCCUACAGCAUGGCGCUGAGCGGAGUUUCCUGGCUGAAUGUGAGGUGCUGAGAAGUAUCCGACACCGCAAUCUUGUAAAGGUCAUCACAGCCUGUUCGACCAUGGAUCACAGCGGGCAUGAUUUUAAAGCCUUGGUGUACGAGUUCAUGCCUAACAGAGAUCUGGACAAAUGGCUUCAUCCAUCCACUGGGGAAGGUGAGAGUUCCUCUCGUGCGCUAACCAUGGCUGAAAGAGUGAGCAUUGCACUUGAUGUCGCUGAGGCUCUUGACUAUCUUCACAACCAUGGCCAAGUACCAAUUGUGCACUGUGAUCUGAAGCCGAGCAAUGUCCUUCUUGACCAUUACAUGGUUGCCCACGUAGGGGACUUUGGGCUGUCACGGUUUGUUCAGGGAGCAAACAACGACUCGUUCCAACGCACAACCAACACUGCUGGAAUCAAAGGCACCAUUGGAUACAUUCCUCCAGAGUAUGGAAUGGGUGGUGGAAUUUCAGUGGAAGGUGAUGUCUACAGCUAUGGGAUUCUCCUGCUCGAGAUGUUCACUGCAAAGCGGCCAACAGAUCCCUUGUUUCAGGGAGGUCAAAGCAUCUGCAGCUAUGUCGCAGCAGCUUAUCCUGAGAGAGUAAUAUCCAUCGCUGAUCAAGCUCUAUUGCAGCACGAAGAGAGAAACCUGGAUGAAGACAACCUGGAAGAGUUCCUUGUGUCGGUUUUCCGAGUCGCGCUGCGAUGCACCGAGGAGUCACCGAGAACAAGGAUGCUCACCAGAGAUGUCAUUAGAGAGCUUGCUGUUGUAAGGGGUGCGUAUGAGUAUGUCAAAAAAAGUGCGAAGAGGACCGGGAAGGCUGCCUUUGGUAGGUGGCGACGUGGCGUGCGCCUGAUAACUGACGUGAUGAAACUGAAAGCCUCAUCCUUGUUUUGUCUGGACUAUGGAGUCGGCAGAUCUCCACUACUCUGCUCUCCCUCCUCAUCGACGUGCCCCCUGAAGCUUCCAUGCCGUGAAGGUGGCCGGCUCGGGGCUCGGCUGGCCGCCGGUGACGACCAGCCUCCCUUCCUGGAGCUCUCAGCAGUGGCGCAGGCACCGACGCGACAGCACACGACUCUCACAGUACGUGCAGCUCUAGUUUUGUGCAUAUAUACUAUAGCACUAGCAGGAUAUUUUAAGCUCUGGUGGUUGAACUCCAAGGAACAAGGAUAUAUGUAUACACCAUCAAGAUCAAGCAUGGCUGAACCGCACACAAGAAUGGAGGUAGCAAGAGCUGGAGCGUGUCUCUCCUAUCAGGCCACCAAAUCCAUGUGCGUGCUACUCCUUGCUGCUUCCUUGCUGAACACCAGCCAUACCACCGCACAUGCUGCUACCACCUCUCCUCCAUCAGCGGCGGCGCUGAUCGCCACCGAUGACCAGCUGGCUCUGCUCUCCUUCAAGGCCCUCAUCAGCGGUGAUCCUCAUGGGGUGCUCACCUCAUGGACAGCCGGCAAUGGCAACAGGAGUGCUGCCGCCAACAUGACCGCCGGCGUUUGCAGCUGGAGAGGCGUGGGAUGCCACUCCCGGCGGCACCCUGGCCGUGUCACCUCGCUGGAGCUGCGGUCCUCCAACCUGACCGGUACCAUCUCCCCCUUCCUCGCCAACCUGACGUUCCUCAGCAUGCUCAACCUCUCACACAACUCCUUGUCUGGCAACAUCCCCUGGGAGCUUGGCUUCCUGCCUCAGCUCUUGUACCUGGACCUCCGGCACAACUCCUUGCAAGGUGUGAUCCCAGGAUCCCUUGCCAGCGCCUCCAAGCUCCUGAUCUUGCAGCUGGAGUACAACAGCCUUGUGGGUGAGAUCCCGGCCAACCUAAGCAAUCUGCAGCAGCUGGAGGUCUUGGACGUUGGCUCCAACCAGCUCUCUGGUGCAAUCCCGCUGUUGCUUGGUUCGCUCUCGAAGCUCACAUACUUGGGGUUGUACUUGAACAAUUUGUCAGGAGGCAUUCCGGCAUCUCUUGGUAAUCUUUCAUCGCUUGUCGAUUUGUUUGCUGAUACUAAUGGACUUAGUGGCCAAAUACCAGAGUCCUUGGGACGUCUGAGGAAGCUUAAGUCUCUUGAUUUAGCUUACAACCAUCUCAGUGGCACAAUCCCAACAAACCUGUUUAACAUCUCAUCAAUCACUACGUUUGAAUUAUCUGGCAAUAGUGCCCUUUCUGGUGUUCUCCCGUUGGAUAUCGGUGUCACUCUACCAAACCUCCAAAAUCUUAUCCUCAAUGACUGCCAACUGACUGGUCGAAUUCCCCGGUCCAUAGGGAACGCGUCACAGCUCAGGUAUGUACAGCUUGGUAACAAUGAGCUUGAAGGGACCGUGCCACUGGAAGUAGGCAACCUUAAGGAUCUUGAGGUGUUAACAGUGGAAAACAACCAACUGGAGGAUAAAUGGGGAAGUGAUUGGGAGUUGAUUGCCUCGUUAUCCAACUGUAGUAAGCUUUUUUAUCUGUCUCUUGAUUCGAACAACUUCCAAGGCAUGUUCCCGCCUUCUAUCGUCAAUCUCUCCAACACAAUGCAAAAGCUUCACCUAGCACACAACAAAUUCCAUGGAGCAAUUCCUUCAGAUGUUUGGAAACUUUCGAAUCUUACCAUACUUACUCUCAGGGGUAACUUCCUAACGGGUAGUAUGCCACCAUCAAUCGGGGAGCUUUACAACUUAGGAAUUUUAGACUUGUCCGAGAACAACAUUUCUGGGGAAAUUCCUCCUACAAUAGGGAACCUGACAAACAUUUCCAUACUUUACCUAUUCAAGAACAACUUGCAUGGAUCCAUACCAAUAAGCUUGGGGAAGUUGCAGAACAUUGGUAGUUUAGUCUUGUCAUUUAACCAGCUUACUGGCUCGAUACCAGUGGAAGUCAUUAGUCUCUCCUCUUUAACCAGCUACCUUGGUCUUUCAUACAACUUCCUCACUGGUCAAAUCCCAUUAGAGGUAGGAAAAUUGACGAACCUGGUAUUAUUGGAUCUGUCAGUAAAUCAACUAUCUGGAGAUAUUCCUGCAACUUUAGGCAAAUGCGUCGAGCUAGUGCAGCUUCAGCUGAAUGAUAAUCUUCUUCAAGGUACCAUCCCACAGUCCUUGAGUGGAUUGCAAGCAAUACAAGAACUGAACAUUGCAAGAAACAACUUAUCUGGCCCUGUUCCAAAAUUCUUUGCUGACUGGCCAAGCCUAGACUACUUGAAUUUGUCUUAUAACAGCUUUGAAGGUUCUGUUCCAGUAACAGGCGUCUUCAGUAAUGCAAGUGCAUUCUCCAUAGCUGGUAACAAGGUCUGUGGGGGUAUUCCAAGUUUGCACCUUCCCCAAUGCCCUAUCAAAGAGCCAGGUGUUGGGAAGAGGAGACCAAGGAGAGUAGUGCUUAUAGGCAUUGUUAUUGGUUCUAUAUCUUUGUUUCUCCUUCUUGCAUUUGCAUGUGGUCUUCUCUUAUUCAUCAUGAGGCAGAAGAAAAGGGCCCCUAAUCUCCCUUUGGCAGAGGAUCAACAUUGGCAAGUCUCAUUCGAGGAGAUACAAAAGGCAACUAAUCAAUUCUCCCCAGGUAAUCUCAUAGGCAUGGGAAGCUUUGGGUCAGUUUAUAGAGGAAUUCUGAGCCCAGGUGCACAGCAAGUUGCAAUCAAGGUCAUUGAUCUUCAGCAACAUGGAGCUGAGCAUAGUUUCUUGGCUGAAUGCCGUGCCCUGAGAAGCAUUCGCCAUCGGAAUCUUGUUAAGGUCAUCACUGCUUGCUCGAGCGUUGAUCACCAGGGAAAUGAUUUCAAAGCAUUGGUCUAUGAGUUCAUGCCGAAUGGGGACCUCGACAAGUGGCUACACUAUAGGCAUGAGACACAAGAUGUGGCACCGAGGAGGAGAUUGACCAUGUCUCAGAGGGUAAACAUUGCGCUUGAUGUCGCUGGGGCACUUGACUACCUGCACCACCAUGGUCAGGUGCCUAUUGUACACUGUGAUCUGAAACCAAGCAAUGUUCUCCUUGACAGUGACAUGGUUGCACAUGUCGCGGACUUUGGUCUGGCACGAUUCAUUCAUAAUAAGUUGGUGAGCAACUCAACAGAAGAAAGCAGCACUUCGAUCGGAAUCAAGGGCACCAUUGGGUACAUCCCUCCAGAGUACGGAAUGGAUGGCAAUGUUUCCACCCAAGGUGACAUGUACAGCUAUGGCGUCCUCCUGCUCGAGAUGUUCACCGGAAAGCGGCCGACAGAGGUCUCAUUCCAUGGAGGCCAAACUCUACAGAGCUAUGUUGCAGCUUGCUACCCGGACAAGAUAAUGGAGAUAGUUGACCCUGUUCUGAUGCCUCUGGAUAUCGGAUAUUUGAGCAAAGGUGACAUUUCUUGUGACGAGAUCGACGCUGAAAAGCUGCACAAAUGCAUGGUAUCAAUCUUUCGAGUCGGUUUGCAAUGCUCCCAGGAAUCCUCCAGAGCAAGAAUGCAUAUCAGGACUGCCAUCAAAGAACUUGAGACCGUCAAGGAUGUCGUGUUGAACCACUGAGGAGAUUGAACAGAGUCUCUCAGCGAUAGAAAACAUAUAUACUGUCAAACAUGACAACAGAAGUUAAAUUUUAUGAAUUAGUUUUGUUUGUGUGUGGGUAUAUAUGUGCUGGUUCGGUAGAAGUAGAAUACAUCGGAGAUCUUAUUGUUGUUAGUCAUUGUAUACGAUGAGUGGGUCUGUACUGUUCUCUUUACGAUGGCAGAUAGAUGGGUAUCUCCCAUUAAAUCAUUCCAGUGAUCGAA